AUUGUCUAUAGAUGAUGGUGCAUCAGGAAGAGAUGUAUCUGAAAACUGGAGCUCGGUAUCUACCAGUAGAUGUCGGCUUACGUAUACCAGCCGUGGUGUCAACGCUAGCUGUAAAAAGCUUAGUCUCCAUUCUGUUCCUAAAGGCCUUCCACACAACACAGUAGUGCUUGAUCUCUCUGAAAACAUGAUCGAAACACUCAACAACAAUUCUUUCACCUAUCUUCCAGAUAUCAUCAAACUUGACCUGUUUGACAAUGAGAUCACGUUGAUAGAAGAUGGUACAUUUAAGCCUCUGGAUAAUCUCACAGAAUUAAAUCUGGGAAGUAACCACAUUGAGUCUUUACCAGCAGGUUUACUUCAUUCAAAUCAAUUUCUCUCCGUUUUCAAACUCAAUUUGAACUAUUUGAGUUCAGUCCCCAAAGACGCUUUGCCUAGGUCAGAAAAUAUGAAAUCAUUUGAACUGACUUUCAAUAAUAUCUUGUCUAUAAAAUCACAUGACUUUGAACCUUUCCAGAAUUGCUCAGGUAUAACAAUUGACAUAGCUUAUAGUAAAAUAAAAUAUCUCCAAACAAAUACUUUUGCAGUUUUGAGGAAUAUUGCCACGUUAGAUCUUGAUGGAAGUUAUAUGCAUGAAUUCAACAUCUCUUCCAUUUUAGGAAAUAAUGAAAUAAAUACACUAAUCUUGACAUUCUGCCGAAUAAAAAGAAUAAUUCCACUAAACCAAUCUUUUCAACAUCCUCAUGGUUCUCCCAAAAUACAUUUGAUAAAUCUCUUUUGGAAUGAGCUGAUCUCCUUUCCAGAUUUUGUGUUUUGGGGAUUAAAUCAAACAAACAUCCUCAAACUACGUUAUAAUCGUAUUACUACUUUAUCCAACAGUACAUUUUGUGGACUAGACCAGUUGACUGAAUUAGAUAUAUCAAAUAAUGACUUAACAGCAUUACCUCAAGGCAUGUUUUACUGUAAUAAACUAUUACAAAAGUUGAGACUUGCUCAAAACAACAUAGCAAGAUGGUCUGGCAAUACAGUAUCUAAUCUAUGCUCUUUGAAGUAUUUAAACCUUUUUGAUAACAACAUCAAGCAUGUUGAUAACACUACCCAAAUACUUCAUUCACUAGAACAUCUAGAUCUUUCUUUCAACGUGCUCUCCCGGAUAGAUGAUUAUUUUCUAUCCAGUUACACUUAUCUUAAAACACUGAACGUGUCCAACAACGACAUUUUUUGGAUUUCUUCAUAUGCCUUCUUAAAUCUGACAAACCUCAAAGUGCUCAACCUCAAGAAUGAUCGCAUCGAAUUAGAUAUACUCAAUCAGCCUUUCCAAAUCAUGGGUGCUCUACGCAUACUGGAUUUAACAUCGGCAAUUAAGAUCAUUCGUUUGGAAUCCAAGCCGUUUACAGGUACUUCAUUACUUGAGAGAAUGUUUAUGAGGAAAAACAAUUUGCAGAGCAAAGACUUAUUUGACAAUUCUACAUCUCAAUCCCUAUUUACAGGACUUCAAUCAUUGUUGACACUGGACUUGAGAGAGAAUGACCUGGAUAUGUUAGCACCAGGAACUUUCAACCCGAUAAAUAGACUAGAAAUAUUACUUCUUUCUCACUCGUCUAUUAAAGUCCUCAUUCCUUCUGUUUUCUACAGUUUGCCUUCUCUCAAAAUACUUGAUCUUAGUGACAAUGAUAUAACACUGAUUUCUGGUGAUACAUUUCUCAGUCAGUCUCAGCUUCAUGUUUUAAAGAUAGACAAUAACAAGCUUUAUUCAAUCCCAAGAACUCUAUUUAACAGAACCCGAAGCCUGCACAAACUCAACAUGGAAAACAAUAAAAUCUCCACAAUAGAAACUGGGACAAGAUUUCCGACAAAUAUCACAUUAGAUGUUUCGGGAAAUCCAUUUGCCUGCACAUGUGACUUGAGCUGGUUUGUGAAGUGGUUACAUUCUAGCAAUGUUGAACUUAGCCAUCCCAAUAACACACUGUGUUCACCCUCAUCCAUCAAAGACCUCUUCAAAUCAUCACUCCUGUCAUUUGAUCCUGAUAAAUACUGUGGCAUCAACAUUCUCCUUAUCACAAGUGUAUCUUUCACUGUCCUUCUGGUUGCAGCCCUUUCCUUGGUGGCGUAUUGGAAGCGAUGGUGGCUAAACUACAAGGUGUUCCUUGUUAAACUUGCCAUUUGUGGCUACAAGGAAAUGGUCCAGGACUUUGAGGACCAGGACUAUGAGUUCCAGCUCAACCUGAUGUACCAAGAGGAAGACCAGGAAUGGGUUGAUGAUAUCAUGAAGCCAGUUCUACGGGAAAGGUUUCCACAUAUUGAGAGAGUAGUCUUUGGUGAUAACGACCUCCACCUUGGGAUGUUUUACAUCAAUGCUCUCCAUUAUGCAGUUGAGAACAGCUUCAAGACGGUUCUCUUGCUAAGCAAUAAUUCUGUGCGUGAAGCCUGGUUUAUUACCAAGGUACGUAUAGCCCUAGAGGAACUCAAUGACAGCAAUCUGGACAAGGUCAUACUGUUUUUCCUUGAGGAUAUUGAUGAUGACGAUCUCCCAUACCUGGUCAGGUUGUUCCUUAGUAAGAACAAACCUUACAUGCUGUGGACGGAUGAUGAGGAUGGUCAAGAACUAUUCUGGGCUCAGUUUGAGAAGAGCAUGAGAGCCAACAGAGAACUCAAUAGUGUUAUUCCUGUUUGA